GACGGCUGGAGCGGAGCCAAAGAGAAGAAAGGCGAAGGGUCGAGUACUGAAGAACAACAGCUGAACUAGACAACGACAGCAUGGUUGAGGUCAAAAGAACAGUCAGAUUUACCACGGUACAACAUGUGCUAAAGGAUAUUCCUGCUGUGCAGGAAGGUUUCCCUAUGAGAGAAUGGAGUAUUUCUGUUUCUUUGGUUAACGACAAGGGUGUGGAAGUUCCUGCGACCAUAUUUGACAAAGUCACCUAUUCAUUGCAUCCGACCUUUGCAAAUCCUGUGAGGUCUUUCAAGAAGCCACCAUUCACCAUCCAGGAGCAAGGUUGGGGUGGAUUUGACAUUCCUAUUACAUUGACCUUGAUUGAAAAGGGAGGCGACAAGAAAAUAAAUCACGAUUUGAAUUUCUACAAGGAGAAAUACGUGAUUGACAAGCAGAUUGUCAUCAACACGACGAAGCCUAAUCUGUUGAAAGAGUUGGCCAAGUCUGGAAGCGUGCCUAGUGCAGGUGCUGAAGUUACCAAUGGGUCUGCUGACAGCGCUGCAGCUGCAGCACCAGCAACUGCUGUUGCCAGCACAGGUGUCAGUACAGGUGCUACCCCAGGUGCAGUCAGUGCUGAGAAGCGUAAGGGAGCUGCCGGAGCAGCUGCAUCCGAGCCAAAGAAUGUGAAAAGGGCCAAGACAACUGCUAACAAGGGAGGCGUAGAUUUGGAGAAAAUGGCCGACCUUUUAACGAAGCUGAAGGAGGACGACCUUUUGGGCGUGGUGCAAAUGAUUAAUGAUAACAGAACCCCUGAAAUGAACAUCAAGAAUGACGUCGACAACGGCGAGUUCACGAUGGACAUGUAUACACUACCUGACACCUUGUUGAAGAGUUUGUGGGAUUACGUGAAAAAGCGUGCUGAAUAGACAAUAUCUAUGUGAACGAAAAAAAGUAUUGACAUUCAUUUCCUCUUCCUCUUCAAGGCUGUAUUUUUAUCGAACUCAAGGAAACUUCUUUCUUCAUUAUCGACUCAACGGUGUGUAGUAAUAAUAAUAUAUACCUCUAUAUUUAAUAAUAUCAGAAGGAAAAAUAAAUUUAGUAAAAAA